GACAAAGGCCGCUUUACCAUCUUGCUCUCUCCGGCCCUUCUUUGCUGAGACCAGGAACAUCAAGGUCAAGGAACAUCCCACCAAAGCCUGAAUUCUUCGCUUAGACCAGGAACAUCAAGGUCAAGGAACAUCCCACCAAAGCCUGAAUUCUUCGCUAAGGCAACAUUCCACCAAAGCCUGAAUUCUUCACUGAGACCAGGAACAUCAAGGUCAAGGAACAUCCCACCAAAGCCUGAAUUCUUCGCUAAGGCAACAUUCCACCAUUCACUGAGACCAGGAACAUCAAGGUCAAGCUGUUCAGGAACGUUCCACCAAAGCCUCAAUUCUUCACUGAGACCAGGAACAUCAAGGUUAACCCCAAGGUUCCAACUCACUGCACCUAUCUCACCAUCAACUGUCCCUAGGGCUCCUCACUAUUUACCACACUCAAAUCUUCAAUAAAUGAAGGCCCAGGAACAUCCCACCAAAGCCUGAAUUCUUCGCUAAGGCAACAUUCCACCAAAGCCUGAAUCCUUCACUGAGACCAGGAACAUCAAGGUCAAGGUAACCCCAAGGCUCCAACUCACUGCCCCUAUCUCACCAUCAACUGUCCCUAGGGCUCCUCGCCAUUUACCACACCGGAACGUCCCCACUGCUCACCAUGGCGGCUUCAGCAACAUCCCACAGACCCAUCAAGGGGAUUUUAAAGAAGAAGAGCAGCGCUGACAGUGCCGUUUUAACAACUGAGCAGUCGGGGACCCCAGGUCCAAGCACCGGAGCGGGCACCGGUGCUGGUAGUGGCGAGGAGCUCAGCAAGAAAUCCCAGAAGUGGGACGAAAUGAGCAUCCUCGCCACUCGCCACCUGGUAGAUAAGGACUAUGCCCUCAUGAACAUCGAUGAGCCCAGCCCGCAGUACCAUCAUAUGCUCAGAGGCGACACAGAAGAAGAUUCCAUCAGUGACUUGGAGAUCCCGCAAACCAUGGCCCCUGAGUUUUUAGCCCAGCGGUUAGCAUUCGCCCAGGGUAAAGAACCCAAAUAUUUGGUACGCUGGGGUGAGAGCAUUGAAGAUGAAGAAGACCUCAAGCGGCAGUUCGAGUUAAAGAGGAAGCUGCAUUACAGCGAGGGCCUAAACAUCAAACUUGCCCGGCAGCUUAUCUCCAAGGAGCUUCUGGGGGACAUGGAAGAUGAAGAUCCACAAGACCAGGAGAUGAGAGAGGCCUCGGACAUUGAGAGCAUCGAGACAGAAACCUCUGAAAAGGAAGACCUAGCUGAUGAUAACGAAGAUUACGACAUCAGUAAGAUGUGAUGGCUUUGUCUCCUUUGAAAACCUGCAGCACAAAUAGAGUCAUCCAUCUGCA